CAGGAGCGGAUUUUGAGCGCUCUAACCAAUGGAUGCGGGAGGUAUAGAGUUUUGGGGAGUGCAUAUAAUCAACAUAUUAUCGAAGGUAUAUUGAUCCUGCAUUUUUCGAGCGAGUUCAAAUUCACCGCUCGUGGACCUUGAGGUUUGACCUUAUUUUCUCCCCUCCCCCGUGUGUCGUGGAAAAGAAAUUCGCAUAUAAAAUGCCGAAGAGAGUGACAUCAGAACCUGGAGAUGGCAGUCAAGCCAACAAAAUCCCAAGAGAGCCAACCAGAUCGUCGCCGAGAUUUGCUAAUAAAAAGACUACACCCCAGCCUGAGCCCGUUGCCAAGAAGACCACCACAAAGAAGCAGGCAAGUGAAAAGCCAAAAACAAAGAAAGCUAAGGGGAAGAAGGACGAUGGCCCUGCCCAAAAUGGAGACACCAAGACCAAUGAGGUAACUGAAACAACUGAGGAGGCAACCGAGGAGAAGGCAUAAAGACAAGUGUGCGUCCACCAUGACAGCAAAACACCUUUUUUUAUUUUUAUUUUUUAACUGACAAUUUUGUAUCAUGCAGAUUUUUUUUCUUUCCCUUUUUCCUCCCCUCAUUUAAAAUUUUUUUGUUUGUUUUUAAACUUGUGGUAGUACAGGUGGACAGCCAGCGGUCCCGUCCCUUGUUCACACUCCUUUCCCUUCCUCUAGCUGUGUUUUUGCUCGAUUCUCCUCCUCUGCUCUCCGUUCUGUAUUUCCACACGCCUCUGAGAAGCUGAAAGACAUGAUGAGGUGGUAUGUUUCGAUCAAAAUGGCUGCAGAUGUUCUCCAUCUCGCCUGAAGGCGGUUACAAAUACGACGGAUAGGCUGUCAAAAGCAGCUCUGCUUUGUAUGCGUUCUGCAGACGAGAUCUUCAUAGUUGAUGGACCUCAGUAUGAAAUGAAGGAACGCAGGUAAACUUUGCGGUUUUCCCACUUAAUGGACGGGGUGGCGAUUUGUCCGUGCAUUGAGCUGAGAUAUCACCAGUUUGAAGUCUGGGCUCAAAAAAAAAAAAAAAAAUCAGGCUUGAGACAGGUUCGUAGAAACCAUGGAGAACAUGUGCGGCUUUUGUUUUUCUUUUCUUUUUUAGAAACCCGACUUAGCUUCUAGAAUCACUGCCACUGUAUUUGGCAUAGUUGUUUUUGUACGUGUGCUGAGGUGAGUGUUUUAUCGGUCUCCGUGUUUUGACUUCACUUUGUUCCUCGCCUGCCUUUUUUAAUUUUUGCAAACGCAUCGUCCUGCAGCAGUGACAUAGCAAUAAUGAGUGGUGCUUCUGUUCUAGACUUCUCUUUUGGCUUCAGACCCUUUGGGCUUCUCUUGAGUUUCAUCUUGUUGGGAGAAUAUUUUGAAAUAAAAGGAAAAUGAUGUUGUCACAUAGAA